UGUAUCGUUUUCGUUAAAAUGGGAUUGGAUGUCCAUCAUUGACCUGUUGAACCAGUACCAACGCAUUCAUGUAUGAAUAUAUUAACUGUGAAGCAAACCGGUUUUUUAUUCAUCGAUCAGUUUCCGAGGCAGAAAGUAAGGCUGAGCCGCCGUGAAGUCAAUAAAGUCUGAAAAUGAAUACCAUGAUACUAGUAGGACUGGCACUCGUGUGUCUUGCGAACAUCGGAUGUUCUGCACCAACUGAUGACUUUGGGACGAUUUUAAGCUACGCCGAAAAGUUAAUUGAAGCAGAAAACCGUGAAGUAAACGAGGCGGAACUUGACCAUGAAGUAAACGAAGUGGAGUUAGAAGCUGAGAAGAGAGAUACAGAAUGGCAUUACUAUGAGGCAAUAGCUACAAUGAGGAACGCACUUCAAAGUGGUGAUCUCACUUUUUCCAAGGGUGACUCCUUAUUGCUCAAUUUGGACAACAAAAAGGGAAAUGACAAAUGGGUGGAAGGCUGUCGCAAAAUCUACAUGUCCUAUUUCAAGUGUGGUCAAGUGCCGUCAAAUUACUUUAAAUCUACAGCAGGAUCGACAAAACUUUACGGGAAACCAAAAAAAACAUUUUAAAUUUUUAAAAGCGUUGUUGUUGUUAAAAAUUGAGUGAGUCGGGAAUCUUUGAAGACACAUUACUUUUUAACAUGCUUGUUGUUCGCUACAAACUAUAUAUUUUAAAAUAAAAUCGAUAUUUACCGCAACAAUAGUACAAUAAGUGAAAUAUCGGCCCUCGACGAACCUGUAUGCAAUUUAGCUUUUUAGUAAAUAUACAGCAUAAUUUGUGUUUUUAGAACAUAAAAAAAUAUUUUGUUAUUUUUUCUAUGAAUCUUUAGCUAUUUAAAAUUUUCAACAUACGACAAAUGUAAACCAUCUUAAUGCAAUCUCCAGUUUUUUUCAAAUUAGCGAUUGCUCACCUCCGAAGCAAUCCACAAUCAUGUAAGAAACUCAUAAUAUAUGCAAAUAAAAAUAAUAAACGUAUUAACUUCCGAAGCCAACAUAGUGUAUCGUAUCCUAUAUAUUUGACACUUUUAUCAGAUUUCGCAGCAACAUUUCCUGCUUACAAAUUUGCAAUAUAUUAAUGAUUUCUUCCUUGAAACUAAACUGGGAAUAUCAUCAAUCAAGGUCAAUGUGUGUCAUAUUUUACAGGAUUGUGUUAUAAUGCACUGCAGCCAACUCAAAUACAAACACAGAUGAAUAAGGCAUGGAUUUGCAUCUCUGAGAUGAAAUAUGUUUUAAUAUAAUGUUGCCCGGCCAUGAUUUACAGCACACAUCAAAAGAAACUUUAGCUGUGAUAGUAGGGUUUGUCUUUUUUAUCGAAACUUUAUUUUCAUUAAUCAAAUAUAUACUGUAAC